AUGGACCUCGAGGAGGCCUCACGGAAGGCCGUGGCGGAGGACGAGGAGGAACAACAGCAGCAAGCGAAGGCAAGGAUAGCAGCACGUGAUGGCCCUUAUCCUUCGCUCUGCUUCGCUUAUUCUCCCCCAAUAUUCCCUGACGCUUCGGGUUCAAUGAAGCGGAAGGCAAGCACCUACCCCGAGGACGAGCAGGCAGAAGACGGCCACGACGGCGGUGAGGAGGCGGAUGACGACACGUACGACGAGUUCAGCGACAAGGAUCUUCUGCAGUCCGUUCCCUUUGCGAAUGACGCUGCUGUGCUGCCACCAUUUGGUCAGCUGAGCCCACCGACAUCCGUGCCCACUGGCAUUACUGCUGCUGCUACAGCCAUGCAGAGCUCCUCUUCUCCGCGUCCUGCUACUGAUUCGGCCACUGCCGCGACUCUAGCCUCUCCGCCCCCGCUCUUGGCGUCUCCGCGGGGCGUACUCGAGUUUCCUCCUCUGGGCAUCGCCAGCUUUCUGCUCCGUGGCGACGACGGGCGAGUGCGUUGGGUGACGGCCACUGGUGGUACUGCUGCAUCUGCAAUGCGGAAAUCAGGUGCGCAGGCCCCACAAGCCAUAGGUCACUCGCGCCCGAACGAGGUGGUGAACAGUGAGGCCAGUGACAAGGAGGAUGACGCUGUCGGCGUGCAUGAAAAUGGCGGGACGGCAACGCUUAGCAGCAGCGGCGUAGCCAUGGUACUGAGUGAGGGGGACGAGGAUGACAUGUCCUGCAUGACACCGUCAUCUAUGCACAGUGGGGCGAGCAACCCAACAGGCUUUCUGCGCGACGGCGUCAAGGUGCGAGCGAUGCUGCGCGACAUCUACGCUGAGGAGGCGAAGCGGCAGCAACGUCAAGUGGAGGAGGAGGAACAGGAGCGGCCGAAUGCGCAGCGGGCAGCAGCAGGCCUGGGUCGCAGCAAGGUGGAGGCGUUCGGUGAAGGUGACGAGGUACUGGAUGACGAGGAGAGAGAGCGGCGGUGGCUCGUUGGGCCGGCACGUCAAUGCCGCACGGCCGCUGCAGGCGCUUUUCCGCGCCAUCGGCCGCAUUCUACUUCCUCGAACGGGGAGCUGUGGGUCACCAAGUACAGCCCCAAACUGUUCCGCGAAGUGCUCAGUGAUGAGACCAUUAACCUUCGGCUCCUGCAGUGGCUCAAGUCGUGGGAUGCUUAUGUGUUCCCCGAUGAGGCGCUGUCGGCAGCAAAGGGCGUAUCGACAUUAACUGCUGGUGAUGUAGCCACACCUUCACCGCCAGCGGAGCGCAUCGCUGUCUUGACCGGACCGCCUGGAGUUGGCAAGACGACACUUGUCCACGUCCUCGCCGCGCACUGUGGCUACGAGGUGAUCGAAGUGAACGCGAGUGUUGAGCGGACAGCAUCACGACUGGAGGCAAUCAUCAAGACGGCGGUGUCCGCGGCUGGGCCGGCUCCUGGAGGCCGCGUUCGUCGCCCAACGGCGUCCUCGGCUGUUGUUGGGGCGCAGGUCUCCGCUCUCGAUCACCGUGCACCUCUUGGCGAUGAGGCGGGUUACCGUGGUGCCGCUUUAGAUGCUGAAACGGCGGCAGCGUCGUCCUGGUCGCACACUUCUUCCUCUCUGGUGCAUCACUUGCUUCGUCCCAAGUGCCUUGUCAUUGAUGAGAUGGACGGCAUCGCCAGCAGCAGUGUGGCCACGUACCUCAUCCAGCAGCAGCUGCACCGGCCGGUAUUCUGUCUCUGCAACGACUUAUUCGUGCCAUCCCUGCGGCCACUGCGGCAGCGCUGCUCCCACGUGUACUACAUGCCACCCAUUCAUCCGCAGCGACUACUCGCACGGCUAGAAGAGAUCGCGCGGCGAGAGGGCGCGGUCAUGUUCGACUCGUUGGCCCUGUCGGAGCUCAUCAAGACCAGCGGCGGUGAUGUGCGGAGCUGCCUGAAUGCGAUGCAGUUUAUCAACAGUAUUGUACACCAGCAACAGCAGCGGCAGCUCGAGACAGGCACUGGUGCGUCCUCCUCUGCUACUGCUGAACCCGUCGUCACGGCGCCGUCGCGGCACACCGUCAUGGAGCUCAUUCGGCGCAUGCAGGGAAAGGAUGCCCGGGCCGCACUGCGUGACAGCUGGCAGCUGCUCUUUAUCCGACCCGAGCGUAACAAGGCGGUACAGUUGCUGAAGCAGGAGUUUGGAAUGGAUUACGAGGCCUUCGUUGAGGCAGCAGCAGCCCAGCACAACCGCAAUGUUGUCCCUGCGCGGCGUGCGCUUGAGCGAGAGAGGGCGAUCGGCGCGCCGGCGGGCGAGGGCUCUGCCGCUACACGGACGGAAAAGAUAAGAGGCGUCGAUGAUGCGUCAGCGUGUGCAGCGACCCAGCCAGUGGCCGUGGGUUUCCGUGUCGAUCCCGGUUACCUGUACGCUGCUCAGAAGCUCUCUCGCUGCUCUGACAACAGCAGCCUGGUGGACGGACUCCAGGAGAACUACCUGAACCGUGCCUACACUGAUUACACCUUCUCCCGCACCAGCGCCACUGCUGACAGCUUCUCGCAGCAGGACAUGACGGUUGCGGCAGCCUUUCAGCAUCCGGAGCUGAUGGGGAUGGCGGAGCGGCUGUUUCAAGUGUCUGCGCUGACGUGUUACGUACACUGCAGCACCGCUGCGCGUGGGGGCCGCAUCGAGUUCCCUCGCGAGCAGGCCACGCUGCGCCGCUUGCAGUCGGAGUCGAAGCAUGUCGUCCAAGAAUUCUGUGAAGGGUGCCGCCCGUACUCCUCUACAUUCCUUGGUGGCGACGAGGUCAUAAGCACCGACGUGGUGCCUAUGCUACUGCGGUGCCUGUUCGACCGAUCGCUGCGUUUGCCUGCGCACGCCAUUUCCUCUUUCAGCCGACUACCGCCGGCGGAUCAGCGGCUGCUGCAGGCGUCUGUGGCCCGCCACGUUGAGUACGGUCUGAACUACCAGAGGGACCGGCAGUACACCCCCUCACCCGCCGUUGCUCCUGCUGGGGCGUCGCUCAGUCCAUUCGGCUCGCUGACCUCAGCGAGUGUUGAGGAUGAGGCGCCGUGGCGACUGACCCCGGAGUUGGACAAACUUCUUGCAGGCGUGGUGCGUCCAGUGGAGCACGCGCUUGGCAGAAGCGGCAGUGUUGACCACCGUGGCUUUUUCUUCUCUUCACGCUCGUCACGCUUUGGUGGGAACGGCGCUGACCCGCGCGGCAGUCGCAGCCUUCCCGCAUUACCGUUUUCUGCCAGGGUGAAGGGCGGGACUGACUCUCUGACCUAUGCAACGGGCUCAGGUGGUGGUGGUUGCAGUGGGACGGCGAGCUCACCAUCGUUGGCAUCCGUGAUGAUGCCGAUGCGUAGCGAGGUGCGGCAGAUUCUUUUUGGUGAGAUCCAUCAGUAUCGCAUCAUGCAGUCCAUGGAGCUCCUGAAGCGUUCGUCACAGCAACCGGCAAUGCAGGAGCUUCGAUUAGCCGAGUCGACAACCGGCGCUCCUGAGCGAGGCGCGAAGCGGCAGCGCGCUGAAAGUGAUGUCUCCGCCUCCACAGCCUCCUUAGAUCUCGUCCGCAGAGGCGAUGUUACCGUGAGUGGUGGUGUGCACCACGUUGAGCAUGUGACAGCGGCAAGCGGGGCAGGGGAGCUGGAUGCACCUGCCGUUAAGUGUCCACGAACAGACGAGGCCAGCACCGUGCCAGUAGCUGUGACCGCCACCGACACGGUACGGCGCGACUUCUUUGGCCGUCCAUUGCCCAGCACUGAUGCAGCACAGGCAGCGACAGCAUGGACUGGCAGCACCGCGCGAAACGACGGUCAUACUGGUGGCAACCGUCGCAGCACCAGCGCCACCGGUGCCACCAUGUCAUCGUCGUCCCUGACUCCUCUGUUAUCUGGAGACGCAGGCAAGGGUCGCUUUCCGCGUCCGCAUUCUCCUCAUCGACCCAUCGUGAGGGCAUUUGUGCGCUACGUGUACCAGGACGGCUCCACGAACGCUGUCAAGAUACCGGCGACGCUCGCUGAUUUUUAG